AUGGAAGAGACGAAAGCUGCAGUAUUUGUUGCUCCAGCUAACGAAAACAUAUUUAUAAGACUAGUUAGUACAUCGAGCGAAGUGCUGCAACUGCAAGACGAAGACUCUUUGGUUUUUCAUCCCGAAUACACGCAUCAGCUUUUCGGAGAGAAUGAGUGCAUCUUUGGCUACAAACAGCCUAGAGUUGAUCUCUGGUAUGGUGCGUCGACUUUGACAACGUACUUUCACUUUGGCUACAAUGAGAAGGGAAGUGAAGCUGAUCUCGAGGGAGCUCAAAUUGAUUUCGUUGAAGAUAUAAUUGGUGACAAACUCGCACCAGGUUAUCUUAACAACAAAGAAGAAUUUCUUGCCAGGCUGGAAAGGGAAACUUCAUUCCGACCGUUUGGCGAGUUAGUGCAUGUCUACACAUCGAAUGAAGACGACCGAGAGUGUCCAUACGAAGUGUACAAGGGUGACAUACUCACACCAGGACUCAGAGAUUACCAUGCUAGACUGCAGACGUUCAUACUGUGGUUUAUUGAUGCUGCGUCAUUUAUUGAUGUUGAUGACGAAAACUGGCAAUUCUACUUUCUGUUUGAAAGAAAGACAGUAGAUGGACAACCUAUGUAUUGUAUUGUGGGAUAUGCGACUGUUUACAAGUACUAUGCCUUUCCAGACAAGACUCGACCGAGAAUCAGCCAGUUUCUGAUAUUACCGACGUUUCAGAGGCGAGGACAUGGAGCUCAACUUCUGCAAAUCAUCUACAAUCAGUAUGUUGGUGAUCAACGAGUGCUCGAUAUCACAGUUGAAGACCCAUCAGAUGAGUUUACUGGAUUACGAGACUAUGUAGACGCUGGUAACUGCUCUCGGUUGUCGUCAUUUCAACCGUCUGCAAUGAAAUCCGGUUUUUCACAAGAGAUGGCAUUGCAAGCCCAAAAACAACUGAAAAUCAACAAGCAACAGGCUCGUAAAGUAUAUGAAAUUCUACGUCUGAGAGCGACUGAUCGAAGUAAUCCAGUCGAAUACAAGGAUUACAGGCUCGCUGUCAAGAGACGCUUGAAUAAGCCGUUUCAGAAAGAACAAUCCGAUCUGAAGAAAUUGGAGCGUGUUCUAAACCCAGAUGAACUUGCGGCAACCAUUGCAAGCACAGGUUUGGAGGAGAGACACCAGAAACUUAAUACACUAUAUGAGAUAACCGAGCAGUCAUACCUCAGGACUGUGGAGAAACUAGCAAGUAUGUAGCCAAGCCAUUGUCUGCGCACGAGACGUUUAGUCACUAGCUAUUUUGCAAGGGUUAAGAGCAUGAAGUAUUGUCGAAAUGAUCGACUACAUGUUACCACACGUAUUCAUAGUCAAUCAAUGAUACCAAGUUA